AAACCAACAAUUAGUCUGUUGUUCGGCAAAGAAAGGCCAGCAGAUCAUGGGCACGCCACUCGUCAAGCUCUCGAGCGUCGAGUUCCAUCCACAGUGCGUCAAAAACCCUCCAACCGAUGGGUGUUUAAGCACUUUCUCCUGAGGACACCAACUCGCCAACAGUCCCCUUUCCUUGGUCUCGUCCAGAAACUCUUGGGGAAGAAUCGCGGAAUUGCCCAUAACAAGGUCGAGCCAUUCGAGGCAAUCAGUUUCCUCUUUCCACAGGUUCGAUUGAAGAGAUUCCAAGCCGGUUUCUUGGACUUUCAGGAGGUGCAGAGGGCCGAGUGUGUAGAUUGGAGGGAAGGUUGGGAAGAGAGACCGAAGAACUUCUUGUUCUAG